CUUCGGUGUGUGGUUCAGAUUGGACGAAGCCGGAUUUUGGGCUGAGGUUGGGCGGCAUAUGCCAAGGCCUACUAGCCCAGUUUCGACGAUGGGCUUGAUAAUUAACUACACAGUACGGACUAGUCCUGGCAACAUGCGGCCCGCGACUGUGGCUUUGAGCCUUGCCGGCGGCGCACUGUCGCGGGCAGUGUAGACCGGCCGCGGGGAAAGGAAGGGGGGAAUGGGGGGAACGGUUAUAAGAAGAUGGCAUCGUGCCCUCUUGCUGGGGCUGGAGCCUCGUCUCGCUCGCUGCAUUCAAGCCUCGUUCUCUCUCCCUCGUCUUCCCUUCCAACUUCGCGGCCUGUACAUAACGAAAACUCCGACAACUAAUCACACGACAUAUCCUCCGAGAGUUAUACGCCUGCCAGACGGGUCAAGAUGCGUCUCGGCCAGCUGGCGACCCGCGCAAUGCUGGGCGGCGUGUCCAUGCCCAUGCUCCGUGUGGACGUCAAGACCUCACCCAACCCCGCCGGCCUGUUCGUCCGCCAAUCCUGCGAUAUUGGCGAGACAAUGUGCGGCGGUGGGUGCAUGCCCUUUGGAAGCGACUGCUGCGAUGAGUACGGGUACGGGUACUCGGGAUACUGCGAAAUCGGCAGAUACUGUACGCCCGAAGGCGGCUGCUGUCGGAAUGGAAAGACUUGCAGUGGUCCGCCUAGUGGCUGUGAUGAGGGGGAGGAGUUGUGCAAUGACGGAUGCAUGCCUGAAGGUGCCGUCUGCUGCCCCAACGGCGGCUACUGCAGACCGGGAGAAGUAUGCGUGGGUGACAAUUACUGCGAGGCCGGCUCUUCCGGCAGCAGCAGCGGGUGCGACGAGGGCAAGAUCACCUGCGACUCCGAUUACUGCAUUCCGGAAAGCGGCACGUGCUGCAAUAUGGGUCUGGGAGAGUACUGCAAGGCCGGCUACUACUGCACGAACAGCGGCUGCUGCCCGAACGGACGCACCUGUACCGGGAACGGCGGCGGCGGCUCAGGAGAUGACGGUGACGACGGCGACGACGAUGACGGGGGUGAUGAUUCCGACUUCACUACUACUACCAGCACAGACUUUGAACUCAGCACGAGCGCAGCCUCGUUCGAAUCCACGCCCACUACCACCAGCCAAGACGACUCCGACUCCGACCUGGAACCUACCAGCACCGAUUCAGACGUCGACAGUUUCCCUACGGACGAGCCGGGACCCACCACCACUGAGACCUCUUCCCCCACCGAUGAGCCUGACUCUCCUCCCUCGUCCUCCUCGCCUGGGUCGGGUGGUGAUGAUGGCUUUACGGUGCCCAGUGCUGGAGCGAAGUCGGGGUUGGCGGUACCCGGCGGGUGCCUGGCGCUGCUCAUCGCCGGGGUAAUGGCGUUGUUGAUCUAAGCUGAGGAGUGAGUUCGGCAUCAACAGACCGAGGUUAUAUUCAUUUGGGUCCUUUCAAGGCUUGCUCUGUGCUGUCUCAUGUCCAUGUAUUGGAGUUGCGAGAGUCUCGCGGUCGCGCCAGAUGUACUUGUGACCCUAAUUAGUUCAAGCUAGCUUUUAAACCUCUUGACUUUUUCAAGUAUCUCCGGCUAUCCAGCCUUCAUAUUCAGAUCGGGGGCUGAGACUUUUCGGUGGCACACAACCGGUGAGGAACCCCCCCUCGGCCGAA